AUGUGGUCCACUCUACUCUCCUCGCCCAUGGCAUGGGUGGCUCUCGUCUCAUUUCUACCAACGGUACUUGGCUCACCCCUGCUUCCGAAGCGAGCCAAGGGACCCUGGGAGGGAUUAAAUACGGAUUUUCCUGAUCCCAGCUUUAUGAAAGCUGCGGAUGGGAAGUGGUAUGCCUUCGGGACCAACGGCAACGGCAAGCAUAUCCAGGUGGCCGUUUCUCAAGACUUCUCCACUUGGACGCUCCUGGAUGUCGAUGCCCUGCCCACCGUCUCUAGCUGGGAGACUGAAAACGAUCACUGGGCUCCCGAUGUGAUCAUGCGCGACGACAAAAAGUACGUCAUGUACUACUCGGGCGAAUCCAAGACGCAUGCGCCCCAUCACUGCGUCGGAACGGCCAUAGCAGAUUCUCCUGAAGGUCCCUAUGUCCCCAGUGAUACGCCGCUAUCCUGCAGACUGGACCAGGGCGGGUCGAUCGACCCGGCCGGCUUCUGGGACAAGGAUGGCAGUCGGUAUGUCGUGUUCAAAGUUGACGGCAAUAGCGUCGGCCACGGCGGCGAUUGCAACAACGGUGUCGCCCCGCUCGUCUCAACGCCCAUUAUGCUGCAGAAAGUCGCGUCAGAUGGUGUCACCCCCCUCGGGAACGCGGUACAGAUCCUCGAUCGCAGCACAGACGAUGGGGACGGACCCUUGGUCGAGGCACCGAACUUGAUACUGCACGGUGACACUUACUUCCUGUUCUACUCAACGCACUGCUACACAGAUAGUGCCUACGACGUGCGCUGGGCAACGGCUUCCAGCAUCACAGGUCCCUUCCAGAAGACAAAUGUCGAGCUGCUGAAGACCGGUUCCUAUCAGGGACUCAUCUCGCCCGGGGGAGCCACGGUCUGUGGCUGUGGGGAUCGGAUGUUGUUCCAUUCAUUUUGUGAUGAGUCGAAGAAGAAACGGUGCAUGUGGGUGGCAGAUGUUAACCUCAACGGAAAAGUUGCCUCGAUCGCCUAA